UCGUGCACCACGGAACACGCGAGGGACAGCCAAGCCGGCUGCCGGGAACGAGUUGGACACACGCGCCCGACCAGACCACGAACAGCACGUUUUCCACCUGUGGAUUCGCUUAUUCUCGAUAAAUCCCGUCCCGCUAACGUCCGCAGGGACCUAGGUGCACCGGUUAGGUGUCGUGUCGUCGAACGACAGUGGCGUGAAUCCUGUGUGACAAUCGGUCAACAUCUCUCGGCGCUGUUGUAUUAUGUCACACUCCCACGCGAACGACGGCCGGCGUGAACCCAGCCGACGUCGUCGUCGUUUGACAUUUGCAUUGGCGUGGAGCGGUUAACGCGAAACCCGGUGGUUGUCGUGCACGCAUCGACCACCCAGUGUUAUGCUCCGUCGCGAUCCUCCGAGCCGGUAACGAGCCGUGGCCGGGGGUCUCGGUAAUAGCGUGUGUCCGCGGCUCCGUCCGGUCUAGUGACUUAACUGGUGACCCGAGGUGACACCUAGUGUAACCGUGUUCGAUCCGUUACCGAUUACGAACUCGUUGAUCAUCCGCUUUUCAUCCCCACAAGGAAUGGGACCUCCCGAGGACUCCCGUGGUACGGAUGGAUGUUUGAAAAGUAUGCCAGGGUCACGCCGCUGAACGAGGUGGAUCGUCGAGGUUCAAGUGCAAUGUUUCGAGUUUCGGACCGUAAUAAAACGAACGAUAAACACGCGAGUGCGUUCUGUCGAUUACACUCCGGUUCUGAGAUUAGAGAAUAGUGAAUAACAGUGACGGGAAAUAAAUAGAAAAACGUGAAGAGGACCAGGAAGAGGAAGUGUCACAACGCGUGUGAAAUGGAUGGUACGCCAAAGAAAAUCGAAGCAGUGUUAAUAUAUGGAUGCCCAUGGGUGGAAUUUGGCCGAAAUGUGCCAGCGUUACCAUCACGCUGUACCGGCAGCCCAAAAUUCUUCGCCAGCUAGGGAUCCUUCGGCGGCCAUCGUGCAAGGCUUGUCAACGGCUUCGCACAUUGACCAGGCUAGCCCUUCUUAUUCUCAUUACACGAUGCUGGAUAAUUAUGACAGGGGUGAGGUGACACCACCACCAGUGAGCAGUUAUGGCGGUUCUCCUGGACUCUUGGCACUUCAUUCCUCGCUUUAUGCGACACCCACGUCGAGGACCUACGACAUCGAGUCGAACAUCGACGGCAAUGACAGUUCGAUGCCCAUCGAUACCCAAAUCAUUUCGAUACCAGGAAUGUUGAGCGGUCCGGCGCAACAACGGCUGGAGGAUAUGUCUUGGUUGGCUUCCGGCCCGUCUCUGGAAUAUCAACAAGGCAUCUCGCCGAUUCCUGCUGGAGUGAAGAUGUGCCAUCCCGGCAGCACGGCCCAGAGGAGCCUGAAGGAGCAACGGAUACGUCGCCCGAUGAACGCCUUCAUGGUCUGGGCAAAGGUCGAGCGCAAGAAAUUGGCCGACGAGAAUCCUGAUCUCCACAAUGCUGAUCUCAGCAAGAUGCUCGGAAAGAAAUGGCGAGGGUUGACCCCACAGGACAGAAGGCCAUACGUAGAGGAGGCGGAAAGGCUGAGGGUUAUUCACAUGCAGGAACAUCCGAAUUACAAGUACAGGCCACGUCGUAGGAAACACGCGAAAAGGGCCCCAGGUGCACCCUCCUCACCCCCGUCCGCUACGAAUACCACCGGCAAUAGGUCCAACCCUUCUGGUACCACAAUUCAUCAUUCCAUGUCCAAGAUGGACAGUUAUCAAGGCAUUCCUCAGAUCCCAUGGGGUGGCCAUUCCCCGAUCUCAUCCCUGUAUCACCAGCAACAGCAGCAGCAAGGUAUCCAGGAGUACAAAUCGGAGAGCAAUUCCUUGUACGGUAGCCCUUAUACGCCUAUUAUUCACACACCGGACAUAUCUCCAGUUGCCAGUCCCGAGCCAGAUGGUGACGGAACGCAUUUGCCAUCUACGCAAAAUCCAGAUCCAGAAAGAGAUCUAAUGGAGGGUUCGUCUAAGCAGCACAACGAAAUGAAUGAACAAACGAAGCGGUACACUUUUAUGAGUACCGAUAAUCAACUGCACACGGGUCAUGCUGGUGGAACUAGCAUAUCAUCGUGUCAGAAUUCUGGUGCUUACACUGACACUCUAACUUAUAAGAAAUCAGUAAGUUAUUUAAAUUUCGAAAGACAACCAUCGAGUAUCGCCGCGGUGGGCAUCGCAAACGGCAUGAUGGUGUCAUGCAAUAAACUGCGUUCAGGAUUUGAAAAUGUUGGCUCUGUGACGGGCACUUUUUACCCACCGGUCGCAUCCCCACACGAUCAAUCGUUGCAGCACUAUACAAGUAGCCAAUCGUCGAAGACUGCCAACUAUUCGAUGCAGUCUACCGUCGAGAGCAACUAUAAUCCUGUUCAGUGUGCCAAUCGACAACAAUCCAUGGGGAUCCGUGGAGCCGCUGAAGGUUGUCCCGGUGUAUCACAUCGUUACCAAAUGACUCACCACCAAGAGUACCAAACCGAGGGCACCAGCACGGGUCAGCAGCACUCGAUCCUGGGUCACAUGGACCCCGGAAUGACUGCGGACGACGACCAGCAGCAGACUCUGCAGCUAGAAAAGUACUUCAAGUAUUCGCACUCGAGCAACGUGGGUCACAGCAGUCUCUCGUCUCAGAACUUGCUCGACAGCAAUCACAACUAUGCCAGUGAUUUGCGUUACUAUGCCCCUCAGCAGACUCAGCUGGACAUGUCGAAUUCUCAGUGUAUCGUCGACGAUCAAAAUAAAGACACUCGGUGUUCGAACGUGGCUAUGAGUCACGCGAUGGAUCAGUACCAUCAGGGUAUGGAUGUGACGAAGUAUCAAGAGCACCCGUCGCAGCAACAACAACAGCAGCAACAACAACCACAGCAGGGACAGCAGUCUCAGAACAUGGAACACGUGCCGAAAGCGGACGACGACUUCAGUGUAAUACUUGCCGAUGUGCGUAAAACGUGUUACAGUAGCUAGUGCCACUUUGGACACUCAUAUGUGGCUACUUGUGAGCUGCAGUACCAAGAACGGUAGUGUAUUUGAAGAAUCCGGUGCUUAUACACGGUAUGGAAAGAGUGAUAGGGACAUAAUGGUAGUCCGAAGUUCUCCGCAUCAUGCAUGGGCAUUUGCAAGAGGAACUAAUGAAGACGUUUUUUAAUUUUGUUGUGGAACCUUGUUAACAAGUUCGUUGUUUAAAUGUGGGUGCAGAUCUCGAUAAGUCAUCGGAUUUUCAAGCUUGCGAAAUCAGCUCUGGGUCUUCUAAUUUCGUGUGCCUUUAUUUUAAUUUUAUGAACUAAUUUUUCGACGGCUUUUGGGAAAUGUUUAAUACACCGUUGGCACUGAAGUUGAACGUUGAAAGAUGGAGGCUAAGUUAUUU